UCUUUUCGCCAAUCGCAACCUCCAUCUAAACUUCAUCAAUUCUAGAAUAUUCAAAUAGCAAUGGUUGCCGGUGGAAAUGACAAGAACACGCCUGCCGUGGUUUCGCUGGCCGCAGGCGGAAUUGCAGGGGGCAUAGAGGGUUUUCUCUCGUAUCCAUUCGAGUUUGCAAAGACCAGAGUCCAAUUAAGGCAAGAGAAGGGACAGUCGACUCCGCGCAACCCGUUUUUGGUGGUUACACAGGUCUACCAAAAUGAGGGUCUGCGUGCAUUGUACAAAGGCUGCGGCGCACUUGUCUUUGGUUCUGUGGGCAAGGAUGCUGUACGCUUCCUAUUCUUUGACCAGAUCAAAGAGUCAUUCGCGGAUCCAGUGACUGGCACAUUGUCCCCUGGGCGCAACUUGCUGGCUGGCAUGACCGCCGGUGUCGUUGCAUCUAUCACAGCAGUGACGCCAACCGAACGCAUAAAGACUGCCUUAAUUGACGAUGCGCGCAACGAGAAAAGAUUCCGCUCAGGCCUUCACGCUACACGUGUCAUCUGGAACGAGCACGGUAUUUUUGGGCUGUACAGAGGCUUUGCAGGAACCACUCUGAAGCAGGCAUCGGCUACAGCAUUCCGAAUGGGGACCUAUAAUAUUCUGAAGGACUACGAGAAGAAGAAGGACAUCUCACAAAAUACCGCUGUCAACUUUGCGAACGGGUCGGUUGCCGGGACCGUUACAACACUCGCAACACAACCGUUUGAUGUAAUCAAGACCAGAUCACAAAGCGCUAGGGGUACGAGCACCCUUGAAGCUAUCAAAACCGUUCUUCUUGAUUACGGUAUUCGCGGAUUCUGGAAGGGCACGACCAUGCGAUUGGGGCGAACGGUGUUUAGCGGCGGCAUCCUCUUCACGAGCUACGAAGCCGCGGUCAAGGUCAUCAUGCCAUUGUACUCUGGAUCUUCACGGGCAAAAGAUGUCGAGGCAGCAUAAUCUAACAAUAUAUCUACCUAAUGUCCUGUCAUAUG